AAGGGAAAUUUCACAAUGUCCAGAGCACUUGAUGUCCCGCAGAUGAAGGAGGAGGAUGUCCUCAAAUUCCUUGCAGCAGGCACCCACGUAGGUGGCACCAACCUGGACUUCCAGAUGGAUCAGUACAUCUACAAAAGGAAAACUGAUGGCAUCUACAUCAUAAAUUUGAAGAGAACCUGGGAGAAGCUUCUGCUGGCAGCCCGUGCCAUUGUUGCCAUUGAAAACCCAGCUGAUGUCAGUGUGAUCUCAUCCAGGAAUACUGGCCAGCGUGCUGUGCAGAAGUUCGCUGCUGCCACGGGUGCCACUCCAAUCGCUGGCCGCUUCACUCCUGGAACUUUCACCAAUCAAAUCCAGGCGGCUUUCCGGGAGCCGAGACUUCAGGUGAUUACUGAUCCCAGGGCUGACCACCAGCCCCUCACAGAGGCUUCUUACGUUAACCUGCCUACUAUUGCUCUGUGUAACACAGACUCUCCUCUGCACUAUGUGGACAUUGCCAUCCCUUGCAACAACAAGGGAGCUCACUCUGUGGGCCUCAUGUGGUGGAUGCUGGCCCGGGAGGUUCUGCGCAUGCGAGGCACCAUCUCCCAUGAACCAUGGAAGGUCAUGCCUGAUCUCUACUUCUACAGAGAUCCCGAGGAGAUUGAAAAGGAAGAGCAGGCAGCUGCUGAGAAGGCCGUGACGAAGGAGGAAUUCCAGGGUGAAUGGACUGCCCCAGCUCCGGAGUUCACCGCGACUCAGCCUGAGGUUGCAGACUGGUCUGAAGGGGUGCAGGUGCCCUCUGUUCCCAUUCAGCAGUUCCCUAUUGAAGAUUGGAGUGCUCAGCCUGCCACAGAAGACUGGUCUGCAGUUCCUACUGCUCAGGCCACUGAGUGGGUUGGAACCACCGCUGAGUGGUCUUAAGCUGUUCGUCUAGACUCAAA